AUGGAUCCAAAUGCGAAGCCUGUAUUCCAGCCCAUACGUCGGGUCCCGAUUCCUCUCGAAGAUGCCGUAAAUCGAAAACUUGACCAGUUGCUGACCAAAGACAUCAUCGAGGUGAAGCAAGGUCCAGCCUCUUGGGUAUCGCCCCUUGUAGUUGUCGGGAAGCACAACGGUGAACCCCGUAUCUGCUUAGAUCUGCGCCGAGUCAACGAAGCGGUCCUUCGUGAGAGACAUCCUAUGCCAGUCGUCGAUGAAUACAUAGCGAGGUUGGGCAAAGGAAGAUUUUGGAGCAAGCUGGACAUCAAGGACGCCUUUCUGCAGGUCGAGCUAGCACCGGAGUCGCGGGAUGUUACAGUGUUCAUCACAAACAAAGGAUUGUUUCGUUUCAAAAGGCUUCCUUUUGGUCUCGUUACGGCACCCGAGUUGUUCCAAAAGGUGAUGGAUCAAAUACUGGCAGGUUGCGAAGGGACGUCCUGGUAUUUGGACGAUGUGAUCAUCGAAGGAAGCACACGAGAGGAACAUGACGAGCAAGGGAAAUAA